AUGUCUUACGCCGUCGAAUCAAAGAAACGAAAGUUCCAUCGCGUUCUGGAAUCACUAUCCAAACCUACCACUCCCGAAAAUGCGCCAAAACAAACUCCAGUAGCGCCCGCGACGGCGCAAGACCGCAUCUCCGCCAACCUCUCCAUCAAGAAAGUCCGCUUGACCAGCGCUGAGCGGGCAAAUCCGGCAGUGCAGAGCUCAUUAAACAAGAUUUCUCGACCGGGACAUCGAAUAACCUCGGCAAACUCGAAUAAACGCCCCACAUUUGUCCCUUGGGACCGCGAGCGCUUUCUGGAGCGAUUAGAAACAUUCCGUCGCGUCGACCGAUGGACGUCAAAGCCGGCACCGAUAAAUGAAGUGAAAUGGGCAAAGCAUGGCUGGAUAUGUACGGAUGCCAUGCGGGUGACAUGUGUCAGUGAAUGCGGUGGUGCGGUAGUGGUGAAGCUUCCAGAUGAGAUUGAUGAGCUGGAUGGAUUUGAUAUUGAGAAGGUCGAGGAGAGAAAUCAAGUCCGUGCGAGACUCGUGGAGGAAUAUUCCAAAAUGCUAAGCGCCUCUCAUAGUGAUGGCUGCCCGUGGAAAAACAAAACCUGUGAUGCUACUAUCCAGCAUCUCCCAUUGACUAAUUGUGAGACUGCUUUAUCGGGGCUUCAUACUCGCUAUACCAAUGUGUCCAAGAUGGGCGACAAACUGCCUACAAAUGACAUCAUUGAGACCCCAGAGGGAGUUGAUCUCGAUUUAGUCAUCAGUGGUCUUCCCCAGGAAUGGUUCACGACUGAAUCUCCCGCGAUCGAGAAUGGAGAGUCUGAAACCACGAGCGGGGACACCCAACCCUCCACCCCAUCUGCACAGCCAGUGCAGCCCAAAUCACAGCCUGUCAACCGAGCUGCGCUGGCACUUGCACUCUUUGGCUGGGAUGCUGCUUCUGAUGGAGCUGCUGGGCUAGUCGGGUGUAGUGCAUGCUUCCGUCGCUUGGGGUUGUGGAUGUACAAACCAAAAGACAACGGCGAUGUAACCGUCUACACCUCCUUGAAUGUGGCCGAUGAACACAUGGAUUAUUGCCCCUGGAUCGACAGGUCUGCACAGAGUGGAACCGGCCGAGCCAGCGAGAAGGCUGCUGAGCUACGUGCUGGAUGGCAGUUGGUGGCAGAGGCAGUUAAGGUCAAAAAUCGUCGCAGACUUCGAGCUAUGGCCUCUACCGACACACUGAAUGCCGAUGCUAGUAGACUACAGGAACCGGAGCAGGAAGAAGAGAACCCUGACGCGAAAAAGAAGGCAGACCGUGAGUGGUGGGCAAAGAUUCGGCGGGUGCGGCAGGUCCUCACGACCAAGUCUCCCAAGCGAAAGUCGGCUCUGCCAGACGUGCCUCACUAA